GCAAAAGAUCAACCAACACUACUGAAACUGGCCCAUCAAAGAAGCCAAAACCUAGCGUCGUAAUCGAAAGUGAAGAAGAAGAGGAAGAAACAGAAGUAGGUUUUCAGAGGAAGAGGAGUCAACCUCCUGUGCGUAUCGAAGCUAAUAUCCCAGAAGAUGUUCCAUCUAAUGACCCUUCUGCUGAAGAAAGAAAGAAGAAGAAACAAGAGAAAAAAGAGAAGAAAGAAAGAUGGAAAGAAGAAAAGAAGAAAAGAAGAAAGAAGAAAGGAGAGGUUCAGAGGGCCAACCUAAAGAGAAGAAAAAGAAGAAAUCCAAAUCUUCGAGUGAUCCCUCUGAAGCCAAUCUUGGCUUUCCGUCUGUUUCGAAUGAACAAAAAGAAUCCACCCCUCAAGCAGAAACUCAAGAAGAUACCAUCCUAUCUGAUGCAUCCCCUGAUCCAACAAUCAAUAUGCCCCAGCAAGAUGCUUCUCAAGAGGAAAAUAUAUUGAACAAGGCUAGUGGUGAUACCCUUAAGGAUAGUGAUGCCACUAUCUCUGAGAAAAUUGUGCAAGAACCAAGCCAAGACCAACCAGAGCAUCCUGAUUCCAAUGAGAUUCAAGACAAAACUUCUCCCUUCCAGGAAUGGGGCAAAACUGCACCAGUCGAAGUCGAAGCCUCUCAGACCUCUUCAUAA